GGCCCCACGCUCCCUACAGCUGAGAAGUUCCUUGGACGCCAGCAGACUCCGGCUGCUGCGAGGCAGAGCGCGGCGCGAGCGGGCGAGCCAGGAGCACCGUUGGAUCGCCCGCGCCCGCUGCGGGAAACGGCAGUUCGCGCCCCGCGGUCCCGGCUCAGCCCCGAGCGCCCACCAGCCAUGGCGGAGGUGGGGGGAGUGUUUCCCUCUCUGGACUGGGAUCUGCACGGCUUUUCCUCGUCUCUGGGGAACGUGCCCUUAGCUGACUCCCCAGGUUUCCUGAACGAGCGCCUGGGCCAGAUCGAGGGGAAGCUGCAGCGCGGUUCGCCCACAGACUUCGCCCACCUGAAGGGGAUCCUGCGGCGGCGCCAGCUCUACUGCCGCACCGGCUUCCACCUCGAGAUCUUCCCCAACGGCACUGUGCAUGGCACUCGCCUCGACCACAGCCGCUUCGGGAUCCUGGAAUUUAUCAGCUUGGCUGUGGGGUUAAUCAGCAUCCGAGGAGUGGAUUCUGGCCUAUACUUAGGAAUGAAUGAGCGAGGAGAGCUCUAUGGGUCGAAGAAACUCACACAUGAAUGUGUUUUCCGGGAACAGUUUGAAGAAAACUGGUACAACACCUAUGCUUCCACCUUGUACAAACACACGGAUUCGGAGAGACAAUAUUAUGUGGCCCUGAAUAAAGACGGCUCACCCCGAGAGGGAUACAGGACUAAACGACAUCAGAAAUUUACUCACUUUUUGCCCAGGCCAGUAGAUCCUUCUAAGUUACCUGCCAUGUCCAGGGACCUCUUCCGCUAUAGGUAACAAACCCCUAGUGUGACCCCCGUGACCCAUGUACUGUGGGGCCAUGGCUGUCUUUGCAAGCACCAUACUCAUAGCUUUGUCAAUCCUCUUCCUAUCAAUUUAGAUAACUGAGAAGCACUUACUGUUCAACCCAGCUGUUCCUCCUGUUCAAAGUGUA